AUGGAGAUACCAGUGGACGUAUCAAAUAUAGACUUCAUCUAUCAUUUACCCAAUGCCAUUAUCCUUGUGUUUUACGUCGUUCUAGGCAGUCUGGGAAAUGUUUCUGUAAUUAUCGUGUACGUGAAGGACAUGAAAAAUGUCUUCAGUUCCGGACGGCUUUUUAUUCCCUUCCUGGCUUUUGUUGAUCUUAUCACACUUAAUUAUAAUGGUUGGGUAGAAUUUUCAUCAGAGGUUCAGCAGUUUCAUGACACCAGGGACAAAGAAUUGGCUUGUAAGAUCAACAAAUUCAUCGGUCUCGUUUUGGUUGUAACUUCCGGUUGUAUUUACUUCGCCAUUGCGGUCCACAGGUAUAUGUUAAUAUGUAGACCUCAUAGUAAAGCCAUUACUCUGAAAGUUAAAGUCGCCAUCAUGUUUGUACUCGGGAUUUUCGUUGUGGGAAUCUCCGUUCCAAGUUACUUUUUCGCUGGAUUCACUUCAAUUUUGAUAAGGUCGAAGAUAUUUGUAAAUGAAACAAAGACGGUCUUUAUAUGCGGUACGGAGGAACGCUUUGAAAACGCUACCAGCUCAAAUGCAUAUUACUACAUUUUAACGAUCAAUUCUCUCAUAUGGAGUUCUCUAAUGGCCAUACUUUACACAACAGUGGGUAGAAAAAUACGUCAGACAAUGAAAGAAGCAAAGACACCAAAACCAAAAACAAAAGAUGAUUACGAACCUUCCAAUACAGAUUCGUCAAGCAAGGGUCGUGACCCCGAGCAGAAGCCCAAACCGAGGCUAGUGAAACAGAUAACUGCCAGGUCUAUUACAACCUUCAUCACAAACAACCGUCUGUCUUGGAUGUUUAUUCUGAUGACUAUACUUAAUGUCGUGUGUUUUGUACCCAAGUUAAUACUGGAUAUCCAUUACAAUAAAGACAGGUACUUCUUCCUGGGGAAAUCUAUGUCUCUCUGUUUGCUGCUAGUGUUUUUUGAUAACUUCUAUCUUUUCAACAACGUGGUUAAUCCGUUUAUUUAUGGAUUUUUUGAUAAGGAGUUUAGAACCAGAUUUAAGAGAAGAUUUUGUAAAUACUGUAAUUGA